AUGACGGCUGACGCAGGCAUAGCCUCGUUACCCAAGCCCGGAAGCAAUGUCAAGAUUCUUGAUGACUUCCUCCACGCCAGCGAGCCGGUGUUUACUGUACAAGCAGUGGAAGGGCAAAGUGCCUCAGUAGACGGCUUCGAGCAGACAGUCGACGUAGUAAAGCUCAUUUUUGCUCCAAACCCCGUGGAGGUUGGGUUUGUGGAUACGGCGCUCAAUGGCUCAUGGCGCACAGUUGAAAGCGAAGACCCGGACAUCUCCGCCCGUUUUCUUGACUUUGCCACCCAGAAUGGAUAUGGAGAAGCCCUUGAGACCGGAAGAAAAACUGGAGAUUUUGGAGGUCUUUUGCGCUCUUUGAAGGAACAUUCCAGCGUGAUCGAGAUAUUGCAGACUGUACUACUUCAACACGCUCUACCUGGAUGUCUGCCGCUGAAUGCCACCAGUUUAAUGAUGCAGACCAGCCUCCUUCUGGCUCGUCUACUUGAAAAGUUCAUGGCGGGAUCAUCCCUCAUGGGCCCGGUAGGCCAAGAAAUUGCCGACAAUCCGGUGAACCGAGCCUACCUGACCCCCACACAUUCGCCAAUACAGGAAAUAGGACGGAACGCUCAAGUGAGGACUCAGUGCCUUGUGGGAGUAUUUGCUGAACUGGGGCUCAACGCAGCGCCAGCAGAAAACCUAAGCUGUUACUCGCACUGGAGGCGAGAACAAAGAUUGAAGGGACGCCACGGCUUGCUUCCCGUGGGAUCGCUAAGCAGAUGCAAUUCUGACUGCUUGGUUAAGGCAGCCUUACGAAAGGAUUGGUCAAAUAAGGAAACUGAGAAGCAUAGAAAAGCAUACCGGCUUAGACGUCAUGAUACAAUAAUUGGGGACGCGUUGCGCAUGGCUACAUUUUACUCGUCAGACGAAAUUCUUGAGCUUGAUCAGGCGGUCGCCGCGGCUUGGCUAGCGGGAAAGCUGCUAUUGGAUGCUGCGAGGGAGCAAACGAAAAGUGUCGAAUCUGAGGCUGGACCUUCGUCUCGUGCAGAACCAGAACCCCAGCAGGCUGAUUCAGAAGGGUCACGGCUCUCCCCAGGUGGUGUUCAUGCCCUUUCGUCAAGUGAAACGAAAAGCGUUUCACUGGUGGAAGUCGCUAGGAAACUGACCCCUAAAGGCCCAGGCCUUCCCAUACCUUCUGCCAACGUGCAUCCUUUUGCGGUUGGUGGAAAUGUGAAUAUCAAUGCCAUCAACAUGGCCGCUACUGCCAACGUCUGCAGGGGACUUCUAGAAACUAGCUUAACCAACCCAAUGUUAUUCGCCUUGAACGUGCUUACAAACAUUCGCGGCUAUGUCAACGACUCGGGAGCAGGCAUUGAGAACACAGAGGCACAACGAAAACUGGCAAAGGGAUCCGACGUGUUCAGCGCCAUGUACAAAUGCUUUUCAUGUGGACUUGGAGGAGAACUACUGCCUCCUGUGUUUGCACCGUAUGCCUCUACAGCGAUGCAAAUUGGCAAUUUUUUAAGGGUGGACUUGGAGGAAAGUAGAGCGUUUCCAUGGGAGAAAAUAGUGCAGACGAUGGGAGAUGGCGUAUUCAGUACGAGCGCCCACGCUUCUGCGCUGAAACACCUACGCAAGAAGGCAUCCAGGUUCCUUGAAAUGUUCACGCCUUGUAUGGAAGAAGCAGAGGAGGCAUCGGACCUCCUUAUGCUUUCAGAAUCAGCUAAACGCAAGCUCAAUUUUGCACGACGCCUCCAAAAGGCGCUAAAGAUAACAAGAGGGAAGAGACGGAGAGCUAACGGAGAGAUGUGCGAAAUUUCGGGAGAACUUCAGCAGCUCGCUCGUUUGCUUGUCGUUUGGUGGGUGCUUGGCCCUUCUUCAAGCCAGUCUACACAGGAAUUGACUCAGUCAUUUCAGAAUACAGCAGUCACAUUCAAAAACGCCCGGUUCAUAUUCGCAUUUCUCGUUUUCAACAAUGGUCACAAUCAGGCUAAGAUUGCCACGGAGAUUGUAACAGCAGGGUGUAAAAAUAACAAAUUCGUGGUGCCGCCUGGCUGGGCAAUGGGAUCAAAAAAGGGCACCCGAGAAUCCCAUGAGGUCUCCUUCAAGGACAUAUCUAAAGACAUUAGCGCCAGUUUCAUGUAUCAUGAGUCAACGUUGGGCUCACGAGGCCUUUCAGACUGGUUUUUGCUGCUAACGGCAGCGCAGCAGCUAGCUGAUGCUUGCGGCCAGCAUCCAGUGGUAAAGCUUGCCGACUUGCUUUCGACCGAUGCAGGCAGUUCGAUACUCACGGGGUACCAAUGUAUAAAGCUUCAAGACGAAGGAGUUAAGCUUUUAUCGGGCGUCUUGGGGAAGCGAUCUAAAACUGUAGACAAAGGUUACAGUCAUGUGCUUUUCCAGUUCCUCAAAGGCAUUGAUGCCUGGAAAGAACCGAAAGGUUCUGCCGAACUUUCUCAAGCAUUUGGCAGAUACUCAAGCACCUCCGCGGAAGCAGAUCAACAAGCAGUGCUUGCACAAUGGAAUGGGGACUUCCCUAAUGUUGACUGUGCAUGGAAAACAAACAAACGGGCGCAAAAGGCCAUGAUUAGAAAGGGCACAAGUUACCAGAAGCCUGCUCGUCUUCCAGGCAAGGCCGCCGCAAAGGCCAUGGAAUUUCAUUGUUCAGCCCACGCACCACUUCGGUUGCAAGACCUGGCAGAGGUUCCUCAACCGGCACCGACACAGUUCUGCGCCGGCGACUCCUCUCAAUGCAUUGCUUUCGAGCAUAGCACUGAAAUGCACAGUCGACUGUAA